CCUGACGAGCGCGGACGAACGAAACACCAAUAUCACAUCCUAACAUCGAGACAAUGGUCUUAUGCACCGACCCGCCUUCUUUAGGACAUUAACAGAGAGACCGUGCUCAAAAGGUGAAGGGGGGUGAUGAUGGCAAGGUGGACCAUCCCUCACCGCACUGACCCCUCGGUCGUUCACGUCCGCCCUGCGCGCUCCCGUGCCGGGUCUGGAGAGGUCGGUGCCGUCUCCGCGCGCCCGCGGGAAAAGCGCUUUGUCUCCUGACGCGAGAACACCGAAAAGAUGUAGUUAUUUGCCAAUGGACUGGACUAAAUAGAGGAGGUACUCACAACGAAGAGGACCAAUCGAUCUUCAAGUAGUGAAUGAAGGGCAGGUCCCUGGUCACGUUCGGUUCCUUGAACUUCCUGGCUGGUCGGAUGAAGAUACGAGUGUGUGUUUACUGUAAGCGGCGUUAAUGUUCCUCUAGCCGAGCUCCGACCCUCCGAGUCGCGACCGCUGUGACCGGCUGUCCCCGUUUCCACACUGUCGGUGCCGGGUCCCCCACCUUUCCACCCCCUCCACCCCCUGGCGACCACCACCGUCACCAUGGAGACGGUGGUGAUCGUGGCCAUCAGCGUGCUGGCCACCAUCUUCCUGGCGUCCCUCGUGGCUCUGGUGGUGGUCUGUCGUCACCGCUACUGCCACCCCCACUACCUGCUGCAGCACUUUGACUCCAAGCCUACCGUGGAUCUCAUCGGCGCCAUGGAAACGCAGAGCGAGCAGUCGGAGCUGGAGCUGGACGACGUGGUCAUCACCAACCCGCACAUCGAGGCCAUCCUGGAGAACGAGGACUGGAUCGAGGACGCCUCUGGUUUGGUUUCUCACUGCAUCUCCAUCUUAAAGAUCUGCCACACGCUGACGGAGAAGCUGGUCGCCAUGACGAUGGGCUCGGGCGCCAAGGUCAAGGCGCCGGCCAGCCUCAGUGACAUCAUCAGCGUGGCCAAGCGCAUCAGUCCGAGGGUGGAUGACGUGGUACGGUCCAUGUACCCCCCCCUUGACCCAAUCCUGCUGGAUGCCAGAGCCACCGCCCUCCUGCUGUCCGUCAGCCACUUGGUGCUGGUGACCCGCAACGCCUGUCACAUGUCCGGCAGCAUGGACUGGAUCGACCAAUCCCUGCACGCCGCCGAGGACCACAUGAUCGUGCUGCGCGAGGCCGCCAUGGCGUCCGAGCCCGAGAGGAACUUUCCGGGCGUGGACGUGCACAGGGAGCAGGCCAUUUAGAGAGACGCGCCAAGUCACGGCACGGGCAUAGCAACACACACACGUGAAUAGAACACACGCAGAGGAAGUAUAGCAUGUCCACCCUACGGCCUAAAAGGUGUAACGGCUAAUCACACUCACACCUGGUGGCAUGUAACGGGACCUUUCAUAGUGCAAACAGUGUUGAAUAGCCAAGCGUUUCCUUCUCAUCAAGGACGAAUCAGCACUCUUCACAAUCAUAACCGCCCCCUUUAACCCUCAUAGCCUUGUUAGAAACUUUCCCUUGCCCGUUGUACUUGUCACAUAUUGUGUGCUGCAUAGCAAUGUCGUAUUGUUUUCUAAAUCGUUGUAUAAAGUUCCCCAGAAUUAUCGCUCAUCCACAACACAGCUUCGGAGGGCUAUUGGCAGUACAAAGGGGGUGUGUGUGUGUGUGUGUAGGGGGUUUUAUGGCUGUUUCUCUGCUCCAGUGGCUCCCUGAUACCCGGCCUCUGGUUCCUGCCCAUCGCACCGGGCCCUAAUCCGAUCUGCACAGGGGCCUUUCCCAGUCACAUGGAGGGCUUAGUCCGCCUAAUCCAGCCCGGGGACCAGAACUGCCUGCUCCCUAACAUGGCCCAGGUCGGCUCACAGCAGGGAGGGGGCUGACGACUAAUGGGGAGGGUAUAGACGGUCACUUAGAGAGGGAUGAGCGAGGGGAGGGAGAGGGAAGGGUAGUGAACAGAGGAGAGAAAGUAAUAGUGAAGAGCUACAGAUGGUAUGGACGUGUUUGCAUCAGGAGGUAUUAAGCGAGGGAAAGGUGGUGAAAGUAAUAGGGAUAACAGAUCGUAUGGACUUUCACUUCAAAAGUGAUCGUUGAUGGGAAGGAGAGUGAAAAUAAUAGUGAUUACAGAUGGUAUGGAUGUUCACUUCUAGAGUCACGAGUAAUGGAAGGAGAGGGAAUGGUAGUGAAAGUGAAAGCAUUAGUGAUUACAUACGGUAUGGAGGCUGUGGACGUGUUUGCAUCAGAAGGUGAGAAGCAAGAGAAAGUUAGUGAUGACAGAUGGUAUGGAGAUGAUGAGAGAGGGGAAGCCAGUGACAGAGAAGGUACUAGUGAUUACAGAUGGUAUGGAGGUGAUGAGAGAGGGGAAGGCAGUGACAGAGAAGGUACUAGUGAUGACAGAUGGUAUGGAGAUGAUGAGAGGGGGGAAGGCAGUGACAGAGAAGGUACUAGUGAUUACAGAUAUGGUAUAACGGCCGCAGCGCAGGCAAUGCAGGAUGUGUCAGUAUGUCGGGAGCCCAUGGAGGAAGGGAAGAGGUGACGUUGCUCGUAGGGCCUGUUAUUGUAGCAUGUGCACCUGCCACUCCAAGCGUGACUAAUGCUAAAUGCCCUCCAGGGUCAUGGGGGGGGGGGG